UCAGUCAACAUAUUUACAGAUUUUAAGUAGGUGACUUGUGAACUACGUGUUAAACUUUGUUUUUAAACAACAUGAACAUUUUAUGUAUUAGCAUUACUAAUGGAAGUAUAAAUUAUUCAUUUUAGUUUUGCCGAUAAGUGACUUUAUUUCGGAUUUAAACGAUGCAAAAUUUGUUAUCAAAUGCCCUGUUCAGUUGUUUUAUACCGAGGAUGAGUUUUCGAAAACCAGUUUGGUGCACUAUAUUAAUUUUAAACUGUUUAUGGACGAUCUUAUGUUUCGAAUCUCCAGAAGUUAUCGGUUUAAGUGAAAAAAGUAAUUGUUCUUCAUGCAGUUUUGAUGGAGGAUCAGGUUCCUUUUUGAUUGCAUCCGAAGAAAACUGUACAGUUUAUUACUGCACGAUCUUACCGAGAGCUGUGGAAAGCAUCAUUAGAAUCACCGCCAGAAUACAGGAUUUGAAUUCUAUCAUCAGCAAGAAUAAUUUGACAUCAUUGGAGCAGUCUGAUGCGAAGAUCAGUGCCAUUCUCAGCGAAUUAGCAACGAAUGACAAUAGCCAAAAAUUUUAUCAAGCCAUGGAUACUUGGUAUUUUCACCCAAAGGACGUUAAAAGUGAAAAGACUUAUUUGAGUCGAACCCAUCACAUGCGUAUUUAUAUAUCUGUUGACGGGAAUUGGAAUGAGAGUGCCGUAAAUUUCACGUACGAAGAAGUGGAAUACAAGGGUUUCAGCAUAGUACGGAAUGACUCCGAAGGUGAGAUGACGCCAUGGGUGAGGACAAAUGCCAAUACCUAUCGGCCAAAUAGCGUCAUGCUUUUGCAGCUGAGGUCACCCCCUGAUAUGAAAGUGAGCAGUAUUCUAAUUACCUUAAAUUACCUGGAGAUAGAUCAGCAAGUUGGAGAGUAUCUUCUCAUUGGAUCGGGUAGCAAUCCAUUUGAAGGGGCUCCCCCAUUAUUCAUAUCCAAUGCAGCCAAGAUGCAGAACUAUCAAGUGAACAACGAAAAUGCGUACGUUGUAUUCGUAAGCAGAUCACCAAGGAAACCUGGCAGAGGCUUCAAUAUCCAUUGGCAGCGUAGUGGAGAAAAAAUCACAGACGAAAAAACAAAAAAUGAUUAUACCAGGGGUGAAGAUGUGCUGGAAUCGAUGCCAAUAUGUAUUUAUAAUAUCUCGGCUGCACUUGCAGAGUUCAAUAAAUCUCAAAAUGGUGAUGGCUUCAAAGAAUUUCGAAAUAUAUUUGCAGAUAUUGCAACAAAAUAUGCAAAAGCUCAGACUUUACCCAUUAAAAUAAGCCCAGACAAGGUAAGUUUGUUUCGAGUGUCUGGCAUCAUUCAAAGGGACGAAAGUGAAAAUGAUCUUAAAUAUGGUGCCGUGUAUGCAAUGUUGAAAAUACAAGGAUCGGAAAAAGGACAAGCAGCCUUUUCACGGCAAGAACUUAAAACCAUCAUCGACCAGUAUGACGAACGGUAUAACCAGACCUGGAGAAACGGUUAUAAGAUUGCGAAGUGUCCAGACAGAAAAAAGUCUUAUAAAUCAUGGCUAGAUAAUGCUAUUUUUGCUGUUGUACCAAUUUUCUGUUGUAUUUUUUUACUGAUAUGGAUCUCGAAAUCCGAAGUCGUUUCAAAAUAUUUUCUGAAAAAGGAAAAGUCUUCUGCUCUAAAGCCUCGAAAUUCCCAAACGCUUGUUGUGAAUGAAAAUGAUAAUAUUCUGCCUCGGGAUACAUGCGAAAUUCCGAAAGUAACUGUCACACCAGUAACUGUCACACCGGGCAGAAGAUUUACAUUAGACUUAGACCAACCUGAAAUGAACUCAGUGAGAAGAUUGAAUGAAGAAGCGGAUCUUUUUACUGAAAUGGACGUUAAUAAGAAUGUAAGGCAUAGGCCAAACAAUUGUGAAUCACAGAAGAAGAAGUUACGAAGUGUAGAAUCGAUUAAGCUUUCUACAAUAAAUUCAGCAAGCCACCUUAAUGAAGAAGGAACAGAGGAAAAGCAGUCCAAAGGAGAGCACACAUAUGAUUCUUUACGAUCUGCAACAAGCACCUGGGACAGGCAAAGCACCAAAGACACAAAAUUAUGAUAAAAAUUUUAUUAUAAAUAAUAAUCAUAAAUAUUUUGAAAA